CUUGUUUCACUAAGUCUGUCGAAUUCAAAACACCAUGGAAGCGUUAGGGUUUGGGAAUGUCGCUACUUCAAUUCUUGCGGGAAUAGCUCUUAUUUUGUUUUAUUGCUGGUAUUCAACAAGGCACUAUCAAUACUGGAAAGAAAUAAAUGUUCCGUUUGUAAAACCAUGGCCAGUAUUCGGAUCACUCUUCGAAACUUAUAGGCAGUCUCUCCAUGUUUUCGAAAUAGAAAGAUAUAAGAAAUAUGGAGAAGUGUAUGGGCAUUUUGAAGGAUCUCGUCCGGUACUGUCCGUUGCUGAUCCAGUAUUACUAAGAAAAAUUUUAGUAAAAGAUUUUAAUAUGUUCCCAAAUCGCAGAACUUUUGUAACAGGUGAGCCUUCUGUUGAUCUCAGUGUUGCCUCACUUGAAGGUGAAGACUGGAAAAGAGUUCGUUCAAUUAUCACACCGACAUUCACCACAGGAAAAUUAAAAAGGAUGAUAUCGAUUUUCAAAGAAGGUUCACAAGUCUGCGUUAACAAUUUUAUGCAAUAUGCAAAAUCGGGGAAACCUGUAGAUGUAAAAAUAUUUUUUGAGGCCUUUGGAAUGGAUAUCAUUGCCAGUACUGCUUUUUCAACGAAAGUGGAUUCUCAAAACGACCCUCAAAAUAAGUUUGUUACCUCAGCUCGAGAAUUCUUCAAAAAAUUUUUUGGUUGGAGAUUUCUUCUGUUCCUUACGUUUCCAAAAUUCGUGAAAUUUAUGCGUCUAAGUGCUCUUCCUUUGACCGAGUUAUACUUCUUUAGAGACAUGGCGCUGAAAAUAAUUGAAGAACGUAAGAAUACAGGAAAGGUGAGAAAUGAUUUUCUACAGUUACUAUUGGAUACUGCGAAAGAAACAGAAGACAAAGAGACACGAGAAAAAGAAGCAGACAAUUUAACCGAAAAUUAUGGAAAAGAGGAGUUGAGUGAACAGCUUUUCAAGACAGCAGGCAAAAAACAACUCUCCAACAUUGAAGUCGUAGCGCAGUGUGUCCUGUUUUUCUUCGCUGGGUUUGACGCUACAGCAUCUGCCAUGUCCUUUGUUUUCUAUGAGUUGGCUCUUAACCCGGAUGUUCAGGAGAAGCUUAUUGCUGAAAUUGACGAAGUUCUUGCCUCUUCGGAUGGUAAACUUACCUACGAUACUAUACAAAAUAUGAAAACCCUUGACAAUGUCAUCUCAGAAUCGCUGCGGAUAUUCCCACCAGCUGUAAGACUAGAAAGAGUAGCACAUGAAGAUUAUGAUCUUGGCUACAAAGGAAUAAAGUUGACAAAAGAUAUGAUUGUUACCAUCCCAUGCAUUGCUAUUCAUAAUGAUCCUAAAUACUAUCCCGAGCCAGAGAAGUUUAAUCCUGAUCGUUUUCUUCCUGAAGAACGAGCUAAGAGAGACCAACUUGUCUACAUGCCAUUCGGGUUUGGUCCACGAAACUGUAUUGGAAUGCGAUUCGUCCUUAUAGCGAUGAAAGUGUGCAUUGCCUUUCUCCUAAGCAACUUCAAGUUCAAAAAGUGCUCCCAAACGAAAGUACCUAUAGAAUUUCUUCCUUCCCAAAUUCUUUUACGACCAAAAGAGAUCAUGCUCCAACUGGAAAUAAGAAAAGACUCUAUUAAAGCGAAAUAGAUUAGAUAACUGAAGCACUAAAAAUGAUUUGAUGGAAAAAUUUCACCUGCGCAGAGUAUAAAAAAAUUUAACGUUUGAAUGAAAGAACAAGAGUAAUGUAAUAUGUUUCAAGUGGUUUUAUUUAUAACUAGCGGUGCAGUCACGGCUUUGCCCGUAGUAGAAAACUAAAAGGUCCUUUGGUUCGCCUGUAUAUUUACAAAUAAUCGAUGAUGAAUUUCCCGCCAAUUUGCUACAUUAAUUUGCUCUCCUAUGUUACGGUUCCACGUUAUAAUAAUUUGGUAAUUUACUCGUCCAUGUUAUGAUAAUUUGCUUGGUAAAAUGUUCUUAAAAUUGGAAUAGAAAAAGAACAAACUCGAAUUUUCGAAAAAUCGUUUCGAGCUGCACACUUCCAAGCUACAAACUAAUUCUGUGCCAAAUUUCAAGAAAGUUGGCCGAACUGUCUAGGUACUAUGCGCGCCACAGAGAGACGGACGGAGAUCCGAAUAGAGAUCCAAACAGAGAUACUUUCAGCUUUAUUAUUAGUAUAGAUUUUCUUGUAGUGGAAAUAUGUUUCUCAUAUGUAUAGUGCUUGUUCUUUAUUUAUUGUGUUUUGUUCCGAAAAAAAAUCCAAACAUAAUACUCUUUUAGUAAAUAUUCAAGUAAAAAAUUAUCUAGAAUUAAUUAUGCAAAACCCCAAAAAUCCUGCUUGUAAAAAUUAUGCUUUUGGAAUAAUGAAAUUUCAGAAUCUAUGAUCCAGAUGUGGGUUUAAUAAAAUAAAAUUAACAAAUAGAGAAGCCGGUUUUACAGAAAGAAAAAUCGGAGUUCGUAAGAAAAUUUCUUCCAUUUCAAUUAGAGAAAAUUCAAUUUUAAAUUUGAAGUAAAAGUUUAACUAUAUUUGUUACGCAAUUAACGCUAAUAUUUACAUUUAAAAAUAAGCAGUUUUCAAGGAACUUAUUAAGGCAGGUAAAAUUGUUUCAAGUUGAAACAAACAAACAUUCCGACUUUCACAUUAUUUGAUGUAGAAAUGAAGGAUUAGUUUCUGUAAAAAUCAUAUUUUCUAGUAAUCUUGAUUAUUUUCUAGUAGUUCAGAUUGAAAAGAUGUGUAUAUGAUAAUGAUUUGUUAACAACAUUUUAAAAAUGAAAUAUAUGAUUUAUAAAUUCA